AUGGCACGCUCCGGCGGCCGGAGGGUGGGGAAACCGACGACGGAGAUUGACUAUAGCGCGCUAGAGGACCAAGAGUACCGUUAUUAUGGUGCGUCAGGUCAUGAGGCUCAAGCCAACUCCGCCAGGUGCAGGCGUGGCAUCGAGCUCUCAGACUUCGUGCGAAAUUGGACAUUCCUCAAGUAUCUUCUCCUAGGCCUCCUCGGGACAGGUCUUGUAGCGGCGGUUUUCUUCCUCGCCGUUGCUAUGGCCAUCAUCGUCCGGUCGGUAACAGCCGACAACACCAGCUUCGACCCAAGCCAUCCCGACUUCGCUCUGUACAAGAACAGCCGUUUCAAAGAGUGCUACAGCCUUACACCCGAUACCCAGAACUGCACUGCCAUCCGGGCCGGUCUCGAUGCGCACUCGACCCGUCUUUCCAGCGAGUUCGGCUACGUCGACAACACGGCAGGCUGGGCAGCCUAUACCUCGGCCGAGCAAAGUGCACACCCCCCCAUCUACGAUUGGUGCCAGAUCGUAAGCUGCUUUAACGGCUUUAAAAUCAUACCAUCCGAAGCACGCCCGUCGGCCACUAUCCUACCCGACAUCGUCUGCUGGUGGAUCGUCAUAGCCACCUCCGUCAGCGCGCUAUUUCACGCUGGAAAGCAGCUCUGGUAUGCCUACAAGCCCGAGAGCGAACCCUGCAAGGCACGGCGCGACAUAUCAUGGCUCGACUGGAUCUUCAUCGCGUAUGACCUGGGCGGCCCCAUCCUAUUCUGGUGGAUAUCGUUCGGCCUGUUCGCUGCCAACCCGGCCCAGUCAGCCACCAUUGCCCUCACGGCCUGGGUGGCGGCGUGGAAGCUCGGGUACAUCACCAAAUACCACCCCUACUCGUGCGCCCUCGAAUACCACCCCAAGGCUAAGCUCUGGAUCCCCCGCUUCUUCAAUCUCAUGGCGCUCCUCCAAUGGGCCGGCGGUGUGUACAUCAUGGUCGUCUACCUGGGUGACCUGAGCAGCAAGGGCUCGACGCUGACCAGCUACGACUGCCUCGAGUCCGCGGUGGGGGCCGCGCCGGGGUCCAGCCCGUGCUCGGCCGCCGACCUCUGCUCCAAGGCCCUGCUCUUCCGGAACGACGACUUCCGCUACCCAGACACCUUCCAGGUCGGCGGCCGGUACACCCUGCUGGCCUUCUUCUGGACGUGGACCCUGAUGGCCGUCAUGCCCUUCGUCUUCAUGCUCAUCGGCUGGCUGGGCAGCAAGCUGGCCGGCGACUCGGCCGAGCGGAUGAAGGAGGACGCCCGCUACCUGUGGCGCGUCGUCAACCUGGGCCCGCACUUCUACAUCGCCUUGGCUACUUUUAUAUGCAUCGGCUUCAGCACUGGCUACGCCGUCCACAUGCUGCAGACGUGGGACGACACCCGCAACAGGGAGGGGCCGUUUAGGUUUCAUCAGGAGUGCAAUGCCGUACAUGUCGCGUUGAGUCCGUGGAGGAACUUUUUGGAUCUGAGCGAGUAUUCCAGGGCGUAUAGGAUUGUGAAGAUGGUGUUUGUGGCUUGA